AUGGAAGAUUCGCGAUUCCGCUCUCAGCAGGCGCCGAGGAACGAGCCGCCCGUCAACCCGCUUGUCUCACCCUCUCGCGGCGCCGCUCGCAUCCCUCAGCAGCAGCAGCGGCAGCAGCAGCAACUACAACAGCCUUCGGGCCACGACCUGCGUUCCUCCUUACCUCGCCGCUUCACCACCGAUUCGGGCCUGGUGCCGACACUCUCGUCAAUGAGCUCACUGGCCUCUCCGCCCCGUGGGACCGACGUACCUCAAGACUAUACCGGAUCCCAAGAGUAUAAUAACAUUGAGAAGAAGCGGUUGGAAUAUGAGAGGAUUCGAGAACAGAGACGGCUCUUUGAGAUUGAGAUGCACGCAUUAGAUCAGAAACAGAGGCGAGAGGCGCUGGAAUUGGUGCGAAUGGAAGAAGAGAUGAGUCGAUUCGCCGGGCACCAGUCGGAGCCGACAACUCCUCCCGAAUAUCGAAACACCAACAACGGCUUUCCUUCCAUCUUCUCGCGGCCGAAUCGCUUCUCGACUUCGAGCAUAACUUCUCCCCCGGGCUUAUUCGGCCGACCGGUUCGCUCCGGCUCGCUGUUGGACUCUCCUGUCCACGGCGCCGGCUCGCUUCAGCAGUCAUACGGGCUUGACGAUGCCCAAGUGCCAUCGCGGUCUGUUCCUAUUACGCGCCGUAACAGCGAUGAUGAUGAUAAAGAGGAGGCUGUUCGUCAAGACCCGAGCAGUCAGCGAUCGACAAACUCGUAA